AUGGGUGUAGAUGAUCUUAUAUUUGUAAUCAUCAUAAGCCUAACACUUUCUGUGACGGUUAUCUUCAAUAUUGUCUUGCUUGUGGUCAUUCUGAUAACGCCCAAGAUGUUGACCCCAACCAACAUUCUCAUCUGUAACCUAGCGGUCAGCGACAUCUUUCUCUCGGGGAUGGUCACUUCCCAGAACGUGCAUGACAUUUCACAUGCCAGCUUGGAUUACUUUGAAGGAGACUUUUCGUGCCGACUCGUAAACUUCAGCCCGCUUGUAUGCGUCAUGGCGUCCAUCUAUUCUAUGGUGGCAGUAUCCUUCGAAAGAAAGCAAGCCAUAGUUGUGACUCAGCACAGAAAGACCACUAUGACACAAGCAGUCCUGGUAGUCCCGAUUAUCUGGCUCCUGUCCCUUAUAUUUUGUAUACCUACAAUACACGAAUACACCCAGUACGUGGAAGAUACGGGCAAUGGUACCUUGAUAAUUCGUUGCGGCAGUCAUGGAGUUUCUAGAACAUUUUCGAUUAUCAAUGGGAUUGGUAUUUUGCUUUUAGCGUACAUCGUACCGCUUGUGAUUCUAGUGGUUAACUAUGGAAGCAUUGUGUUGUUCUUUCGCUCCCGUCGCCUGAUCGGAGACGUCACGGAAAGUAACGGACUUACCACUCGAGCGCUGUUCGAAAUUCGCAUCAACGUUGUGAAGAUGUUGACUCUGAUGUCUGCACUGUUUACCGUGUCAUGGCUGCCUUAUUUCGUGCUGCUUAUUAUAGAGGAACUGGCAACUCGAUUGACGCCAACGGCCCAGCUAAGGAUCUCAUUGUCCGUCUUAAGCACUACCUACAACUUCGGUCUCAACGUCUUCUACAACAGAAAUCUCCGAACUGUCCUCAAAGCAAUGGUCAUGUGCCAGAAAGUCAGCACCAAAAAGAACACCGUUUUCAUUGCUAACCAUCGGCGGCAGUCACAAGCUUCGCCUGCCUGUGAGGUGAUCCGGUCAAAGAAAGUUCUAGACUUCAAGCAUGGAUACAUCUAA